CUUGGGUUUCCUCGCAAUUCUGGCUUUUCGUGGGUGGGGAAACGGAUGGAUUGCAGCUAUAUAGGACAGAUACGAUAUGGACCUGCCAACGUAAGCCUCGAGGCACGGCGCAAUGCGACGACCGCGUUAGCUAGGCACGGGCUAGCGCGUCGACACGUCCGGCUUGCACCCCGCGCAAUGCCCACUAUGCUCGGGUGCGCCACCGACACGGCCGACAACUGCCGCGAAACACAGCGCAGCAUUCAGAAGGUCGCCGACAUUGACGGAAGCCGUCCUGUCAACGUCGGCACCCGCUGCUCGCUGCGCCGCACGACCCGCUGAGCGCGGACAUGGCCCGCGCUUUCCCCGUCGCGCUUCCUCGGGCCGCAUCUCCGUCGUCGUGCAUCGCGCCGCCGGCGUCGCGCGCUGCCGCCCCGCCCGCCCUGAUCCUUCCCGUCAGCGCUGCGCUGUCGUCCUCAUCCCACAAAAUGUGCGUGAGCACCGGCACGGCCGCCGCGACCUGCGCUGACGCCUUGCCAUCGCAGCCUCGCGCGGGUGCGCCCACUUGCCGCGAGCCGCGCCGAUUGACUCGUCGUGACAGUCUGCAUUGCCGGGCCCAGUCCGGCCUCUCCUUGCCCGCGCGGUGUGUCCCGCUCCGCCCGAUGUCGCCGUUGUUCCCGAGUCCCGGCAGCAAUCCCUGCCGAUCGUCUCCGCGGCGACAAUAGUCUCCGUCCCUCGUGACUGACGUCGAGCGAGGCAUCGUGCACGUCGUCGCUGACAGCAAUGACGCUCAUGGCGACACGUCGUGCAGGGGUGGGUGCCGUCGGAUCAUCGCGCAGAUGAGUUGGCGGCUGCCCUAGGUGAGAGGCCGACAGCGUCCAUUGACGUGAGGGAUGACAUCGGCGCUCAUAUACGCGCACGCGAUCGGGGAGGGGGGGUUGUUUGCGAGACGCGUUUGGCUAUCGCGAUGAUGAACUUGAGGCUGAGCGGACUUGCCGGAUACGCGUGACAGACGGUGAUAGUGGUGGGGGCUGAGGUGCGACGCAAAGGUGCUGGAGUUGAUGGGAGCAGCAAUGAAGAGGGGGGGAGGGGUCGUAGGGGGACAGGGCCGACAUGGGCGAAAGUCAACAUAAAACUUUGUAAGUGACGAUUACGUGGUCUUUGUAGGU